AUGGCAGCCCAGCGAAUGAAAGACAUGCUGGCUUUCUUGGCCACUUUGAAAGCUGUAGCAGCCGAUGGUAGCAGUUCCUUUCAGGAGGCCCACAGAAAGAUUUUGGAGAGCUGCCUCGUAGAUCUCAAGGAUUUGAAUCUAUCAAUGCCAGAUGCCACCAGCAUACUCCGGGAUGUCCAAGCAGCUGAAAUUCCUGUGUGGAUGAAGGAUGGCAUUGUCGAAUGUGUGCAACAAAAGGUUGCAAAUGGAAGUGUGAACGGCUCAGGCCCUGUGAAGAAAGUUGCCCACAACGCCUUGCAGGAAAAUUUGCAUUUGCAACACUACCUCGCUGCAGAGGAGUGGGAGAUUCUUCAAGGAAAGCAGGGCUGCAAUGUCAAGAUCUUGGCUCUUUGCAAGCGCUUUGUGGCGUUGGGCCUUACUUCAGAGCUCACAAGUGCUUUGGCGAUAUCACUCCUGUUGCUGGCUUCCCACCAAGGUGCGCCAGAGAAUCUCACAGUUGAUGGGAUGAAGGUAUACCAUAUGCUUCAGGACUUCAAGUCUGCAGUGAAGAAUUGCUCGAAGAGCCGCAAGAGGAGUGAACUCUUGCUGUACCCUCCUUGUCCCCAAGAACUCCCAGAAGCUCUUUUCAAGGCUGCUUACCCCGCUGGCCAGGUUCUGAGUAUGUUGGAGCAGAUGUUGGCCGGCCAGGCGCUUCAAAAACAGCUUGGUUUGACCUAUCUUACCAACAAAAGGAAGCAGCCCUUGGCCAUCAUGAAUGGACCAGCAGAAGUCGAGGCUAGCCCAGCUCCAAGUCCAAGCCCAGAGCCUGCCAAACCAAAAUUGGAGGACACUCCACAAGUCAAGGAGACCAUACCUGUGGAAGUCACACCGCCCAAAACGGUGGACGCCAUGGCCGCUUCUGUGAGGGCACAGCUCCAACACAACAAGGGUUCCGGCAAGCGCCUUGCUGACAGUCAGGAGCCUGAAGCUUCCACACAGAAGGCCAAAGUGGCCAAGAAGACCACGAAGAAG